CUGGUCAGCGGAUUUUUUUUUUUUUUUAAGCUGACAUCUUUGUGUUUUUAGCUUGUUAGCCAUCGCUGCUAAGUAACUUUUUCGGGGCUGCUUCCCGAUUAAAAGCAUAUUCACGAAUUGUCCGAAGUCAACCACGCCGUGAACGACAGCAGUUACGCUUCCUUUGAAAAGUUACUAUGGAAGAAGUACAGCAGGGCAGCAAUGGCACUGAGUCACAGACUGCAACCAUUCCCACUACCAUCACAGCCUCUCAGUUCUCACAGAUAGCACAACAGAUGUCACUGGGUGGUUCUGCUGUCACUGUUGUACAACUGCCAGGUGGUCAGUUUCAGGUUCAAGGAGUGAUCCAGUCUGCACAGUCAUCUGUCAUUCAGUCCCCUCAGGUGCAGAAUGCACAGGCCCAGGAUACAGACAGCGACGAUUCACAGGACUCAUCAGACAGUGGAGCAGCAGCUCAGAAGACCAGAGAAAUACUGGCAAGACGGCCAUCGUACAGAAAAAUCCUAAACGAGCUUUCAUCAGAGGAGGUGUCUCACAUUGAGGGAAAGGAUAACAGUCCGGUAUCCACGGUAGUCACAGGUGUUACAGUACCAACCACCCCAAUCUACCAGACCAGCAGCGGCCAGUACAUUACCAUUGCUGCUAAUGGCGCAAUCCAGCUGGCAUCUCCAGGGUCCGAAGGCCUUCAGGGAUUACAGGCCGUAACCAUGGCCAACUCUGGUGGAUCCCAGCAAGGCACCACCAUCCUUCAGUAUGCGCAGACACCUGAUGGCCAGCAGAUACUGGUGCCGAGCAAUCAAGUUGUUGUACAAGGUGCAGGAGGAGAAAUGCAGACGUACCAGAUCCGCACAGCGUCCGCAUCCAGUUCUCUGCCUCAGACUGUAGUCAUGACGUCUCCUGUGGGACUGUCCCAGACUAAGAGUGAUGAUCCAACAAUGAAGAGAGAGAUCAGACUUGCGAAAAACAGAGAGGCAGCUCGCGAGUGUCGACGGAAGAAAAAGGAAUAUGUUAAAUGUCUGGAAAACCGUGUCGCUGUUCUUGAGAACCAAAACAAAACUCUGAUUGAAGAACUCAAAACUUUAAAGGAUCUUUAUUGUGUCAAAACGGGAUAACUUGUCUGUCUGAGCUCGAGGAUUGAGAGAUAGUGUGACAGUGGCACAGCUCAGCCAGUUGGACGUGAUGGGGUUUCUGGGAACACUUCAUUUCGGGCUGAGAUUAUUCUUCUUCUUCUUUUUUUUUUUUUUUUUUUUACUCUAUUUGAUAUAAAUGUGACUUAUGGCAGUGAGAUUUACAAAUAAAAACAAAUUGGCCAUUUUUCCACCUGCUGUUUUUUAAAAAUUUGCUAAUGCUAUAACAUUUAUAGUUGUGUACAUUUUUAAUACCCGGAGGUUUGAAAUUGUGAGCUUUAACGCGGAGUCUCAGUUUCUAAAUGUUUUUUUGUUUUGUUUUGUUUUUUUGUUUUUUUUGAUUGUGUUUUUAAAAAUGUUGCUGUUGGAGGUUUUUAUCUACCAUCUACAGAUUUUUGACUGCUUUGAUUACAACACAGAGAGAACUUCAAUUUAUUCUGUCAACCAGCAAUUCCCCUCAUUUCCCUGUAAGGAGAUGUUACAAUUGUCAUUCCUUAUUUUUGUGCAAUGGAAUAUAAAGGGUAACAGGAAAAGAUGCCAUUAAGUGUGGCCUGUUGGGGUGUUUCAUGGCAGAUAUUUAGACAAUCAGGGAAAAAAGCACAGUGUCCAGGUAAUAUUUAUUAUGUACUUCUUGGGAGGGGAGGGAGAGAAGAACAAAACAGUGUAUGAAACGUUGCUCAUUCUGUAAGUAAAUAAAUAUAUUUUCACUCAAA